AUGUUCGGACCUGGGUGUCUGACGUUCUUCCUCUGCGCGUUCGUCGCCGUCGAGGCGGGGUCGCAGUCCUUGGGGUCGGAGGCCUCGACGACGCCGAGGUGCGACGGACCCAGCCCGCCGGAGGCCCUCGACCUCGCGUCGGUGCCGUGCGGCGGGAAGGCCCUGCGGUCGUGGAAGUGGCCGGUCCCCCUCCCCUCCGGCGUCUCCUUGUCCGGCAUCUGGGCGUCCGCCCUCAGGCAGAUGGGCCUCAUCGUCCACGGGGAGGACGCCGCCGCCGGGGAGUUCCCAUUCAUCGCGACCCUCAACUACAAUUACGGCUCGCAGCUGUAUUUCAUCUGCGGGUGCAACAUCAUCAGCGACCUAUACGUCGUCACUGCGGCUCACUGUUCCGCCGGACCGGCCUCAUCCUACACGGUGAAAAUCCGAAAGUACGACAUCAGGAGGAGCACCACAACCAAAGAAGACUCACAAGAUCAGACGAUCGCGGUCGACGCCGUCUUCGUCCACCCCUCCUACAACUCCUCGCUGCUGCGGAGCGGGCACGACAUCGCGCUGAUGCGGCUGAAGGAGAAGAUCCAGUGGAACGCCUACGCCCAGCCCAUCUGCGUCGCGAAGACGGACGACGAGGCGGUGUUCGGGAACCCGGAGACUCGGAACAUCAUCUACGGGUGGGGGCGACUGUACACUGGUGGUCCGGUCGCAUCGAACCUGCAGAAACUGGACGUGAAAAUCAUGGAUCAGAAAACGUGUUACGACAAGGGGAACACGUUAGCGACCGACGGGCGCCUCGUGUGCAUCCUGGGGAUUCCGGAUGACGUCGGCGGCGCCUGCAACGGUGACAGCGGCGGCCCGUUGGCGACGGCCUACAGGAGCACGGCGUACCUCACGGGCCUGACCUCGUACACGAUGGGAACGUGUGCCAUCCAGGGGGUGCCGGACGUCUACACCAGGCUCUCGUACUUCGCGGACUGGAUCUACCAAUACGUGAAGGGGAGUUCGUGAUGGCGUCCUGGACGUCUUGCGAGGGUCCUCGGCCUCGUGGAAGUGUCUUGCAAAAGCGUCCAGUGCUUCGUGAGUGCCUCGUUGGCGAGCGUCGUGUUUCCGCGCGUCUCGUCUCCCUAUUCGGUGAAGUCUCUCUCGCAGAGAGAGCGUUUUCUCGUUGCUGUCUGUUUGCGUGUCCGUCGAUACGGAAUAAAGGAGAAAUUCUGGUCGAGAA